AUGGCGGCAAAUAAUAACAGCGCGAGCACAUCAAACAAACUCUGUUUAAGGCACUUCGGCAUGGAGGAUGAAACAGAGAGAGGAGACCGGUUUUGGAAUACCAACUCCGUAGAGAUGAAGUUCUCUGCGGAGAAAGAAUGGUUGAGGAGGGUUCGUUUCGCAGAAAAUAAACCUAAUUACGGGAUGAGAGACCUUGAUCCCGUGUUGGAAGAGCUCACAGGCAACAAGUUGGAGCUUGUAGGUCCCUUGGUGAAUGGCUUCCUAAAGGAGUUCGGGCUCUCUAUUAAUGCGAAGCUCGCUCGCUCUAGAAUGACCGGUCUUAUGGCGCCCAUCACUCUCUUUAUGCCAUUUCAAAUCUUUAAACAUAUCUGGGUUUUAGUGCAGGGCUACGGGGGAAGCGCGGACACAACCUAG